UCUGAAUCCUGUGAGAUCAUUGAAACACCUGGAAAAAAGGCAUUUUUGACUCUUCUUCACUUUCCACCCUCAAUUUAACGCACAUCAUUGUACUCAUUCCACAAAUAUGGCCUUCAGACAAAAAGUCGAGGCGACAAUGAAGUCCUUCUUCGACGCAUACACAGACGGCGCAAAACAGAAUGACCCCUCAAUCAUCAACCGCGUGGUCACCCCAGACUGCACCCGCCACCUCUUCCCUCGUUCCAUGACCAAAGCCUUUGGCUUACCGGCCGAGUUCGCCCUCGACACCGCGACAUACGAAGCACAGUUCGCCAAGGACAUCGCCGCCUUCACAUCUGAGUCCACCACCGUUUCGAACCUCGUCAUCGACUCAGAAGCCCGAAAGGCUGCACUCACGUCCACUUCGGACAUCGUAUUUAAAGACGGCUCAGAGAGCCUACAAUUGGAAUUUAGUUGGUUCUUUGACUUCAAUGAGGACGGCUCGAAGGUCACGAAGGUCAUCGAGUUCUGCGACAAGGAUGCAGUCAUGCUCAUGCAUAGCAAGGUCAGCGCGAACGAAUCGCACGUUCUGGAUGCCAAGGCGGAAACCCCGCCUGGAAAGUAAACAGCAGUGAUGAGCUUCUUGUACGGCUGGCUGGUUCAUGGUAAACUCAUCUUUUCAUAGGGGCUUCCAUCCAAUAUUCCAUCAUGAUUCCUCAUUAU